CAUCGAUCCAUCAUCAUCAUCCUCCUCUCCGACCAUCCUACAUUCGUUUCUUUUUCUUUAACAAAGAGCGAGAGAGAGAGAGAAAAAAUAGACUCCUGAUUCUGACUACCUUGAAGGGGUCAACAACCACCUGUUGGUUGCAGCACCGCAUUGAACGUACAACCUUGUACCCUGUUCGGAGUCUUCGGCAGAAGAGUCUUGAAAUUUUAGCGGGGACCGUGCACAGAGAGAGAGAGAGAGAGAGAGAGAAAAGACCCCUAUUAUUCAAUCCCAUCCUCAGAACGCGCGGGUCACUUUGAACGAAUCGUGGCCUAGCCAUUAAUUAUUUUUACAAUAUUCGAUAUUCGAGUGUUCGGUGUCGUCUUUUGAGAGAAGUUUCAUCUCGACAACGACAACGACAACGCGAAUCAUUCCUUGGGAGUUUAUCGCACACGCGACGACGACGACGACGACGACGAUGAUGAUGAUGCACCACCUAAUUUCACUUCCGGCAUUGCUGGCUUUUACUUUCUUCGCCAGUCUCGUGUCUGCUUACCGACCGGUUCAAUUCGUCAAGCACACCGGUGAAGCUGGCCGGGCCGACCAAGCGUUCAGUCUGGUGAAUUACUACAAUGAGACGACAAAACAGUCGGACCUUUACGUCCGGAUGUGGGCGUUCCGAUACCAGUCCAGCGCAAAAGGAUGGGCGGCUUUGGCCCUGGGUCCUCAGAUGAAGGGCGCGCUCAUGUUCAUCACGUACGGCGACCCGGCGACCAACGAACUCACCCUCACCGUGCGGACCGUCGACGGACACCACCCCCCUCGACCGGUGGUGGAGAUGACGGAUUUCUACAAGGGCGCCGUCCCCGUCGUGGACGUCGUCUCGACCCGCUUCGACCCCUACGACGGAGCCUUCUUCCACGAGGAACUCCAACAGAAACCGUCACACUUGGGCGUUGCCGAGUUCGUGGUACGUGGUUACGAGCAGUGGACGGCCGCCGACCUCGGCGUUCAAAAUGACACCACGAAGCAGUCGAUGAUCUGGAGCAGCAACUUCAAGCAAGACUACGACGGCGACUUCGCCCCCGACCGAAACAUCGACAUGCACCAGUUCGGUCUCGGUUUUGGUUUCCUGUGGGCCGAUCUGAAGAACGCCGCGUCGCCGGUGCCAUUCUUUGGUCCCAUCAACGAACUGGACGGGCACAAGGGUGUGAACGAGAUCGGUGACCCGGUGGAACCGACCGCCGACGAGUUGAAGGCUGGGGAAGGUAUCAUCGCCGACCAAAAGGAUGUCGCUGGUGGUGGCGUCGGCGGCGACGACGGAUCGUCCACCGACAAGACCCCCGUGUCUCAACCCGGCGCCGACGAUGGGACCAAGGUCGAGGAACCCGUCAAGACUGUCAAACAGUGGAACAUUCGAUCAUUGAUGUGGCACAUCCACGGUUUCCUCAUGACCGUGUCCUUCCUCAUCCUCUACCCCUUGGCGGUCUACUUUUUGCGGUCGUCCCGGGCCGAGGCUUUCAACCUCCACUGGACCAUCAACUCGCUGUCGAGCGUCGGGGUGGGCGUGGGCGCCAUCGUCGGCUUCAUCAAUUCGAGGUCCGUCUCCAUCGCCCACCAGUACGUCGGGAUCUUGAUCGUCUGCGCCCUGGCCGUCCAGACCGUCCUCGGCUGGCGCCACCACGUCGUCUACGUCUCGAGCCGCGGCGGCUCCCGGACCUGGAUGUCCCGGGUCCACGUCUGGCUCGGCCGCGUCGUCGUGCCGGCGGGCAUGGUCAACGUCGUCACGGGGCUGCUGUUGCGUCACUACGGCUGGUUGACCGUGAGCCUCACCAUCGCCCUGGCCGCCGUCGAGGUCAUCGUGCUCACCCUCGUCGUCGGUCGGGCCCGGAACCGCAGGCCCGCCGCCCGCAACAAGCAACCCAAGGACGUGCCCAUCGGCGCCGACGAGGCCGAGGAGUAUUUCCAGUUGGGCGACGACGACGACGAUGCGGAAUUCAGUGACGGUGAUGACGAUGACGGAGAGGCCGCCGCCGGCACCGCCUCCGGUCCGGCCGAGGAACGUGCGAAGAGGGACGCCGAGAGGGAGGAGCAGGCGAAACGUCUGGCCAGGUUGGACAAGGUCUGAGUUUCUUUUUUUGGGAUCUCGGUCUCUUUCGGGGUCUUUUUUUGGGCUUCUGCCUUUGCUCUUUUUGUUUUGUGUGUAUGUGUGUGUGUGUGUGUGUAUUUUAAAAUUCAACCUACAACAUUAGGUGUAGUCACUGGGUUAAGUGGAAAGGGGGGAGUAAGGAAAAUGGAUCAUGAUAUGUGUAUGUAUACAUGUAUAUAUUCUCGGGAAACGAAAAUACCUGUUGUGGUGUGAGACUGUGAAAAUGAGAAUUGUGUCAUGAUCUUGAUAUGUACAAUCUACAUGGGGUUGGAUAUACGGAUAAUACGUGUUAAUGGAAAAUUCAUUCCAUCAUAUUCA